AUCAACUCUCCUCCUCCUCCUCCUCCUCCUCCUCCUCCUCCUUCCUCCACUCCUCCUCCUCCUCCUUCCUCCAGUCCUCCUUCUAGUCCUCCUCCUCCUCCUCCUUUUCUUCCUCGUUGUUCUCUCUCUUCGUCUCUCUCCUCCCCCCGCUUCCCAGUUCUCGACGACACGAAAGGAGCGAAUGGCGGUGUUGGCCGAGCGCGCGUGGAUGGGUUGGGAUCUCUACGACACGUGGCAGCUUGUCUUCCUUCGAAAGGGAAAUCGGGAUCGAACGGAAGAUGGAGCCAACCCUUGGCUGCGAUGGUGGAGCAGCUUCGUUAUGGUGGCGGUGACCAGUGGCAUCGGGAUACUGACGCUGACGUGGCCUUGGUGCCAGCAUUGGCGAUGGCGAUGGCUGUCCACGUUUCAUCCGCAGCGCUGGCAUCUUGUCGUCCUCCCAGUUUCGUCCGCCAUAGCCAGUUCCUUCUCCUCGUUCCAGACUAGAAUUGCCAGUGGACUCGGCGGCUUCGGGUUUUCUUGCGCGCGAUUGCCACGUGUAUUGCGGACUCUCCUUUCUAGAGCCUCCUAUGUUUGUUCUCACAACCUGUCGCCAACAGGAGGAGAUGGGAGAGCGGAAAGGGAGGUGGAAGAGGGUGAGAGCGAAGCUAGUAACAGGGAGGCGGGUGAGAGCAGCCUCCCAUCGUUUGGAGAUGAUGGAUUGGACAAUCUCGUCACAGAAAGGGAUUUGCUACGGUACAUUCCGAAACUGGAAGGCGCUGAUGACUCCCAGGAGCCGCGGUGGGAGAAGAUAAUCGACAAAUCAGAGGGAUCUGUGUCUUAUCUCUGUUACCAGCGUGAUCCCAAGGAUGGUGGGCCAACACAAUACUACAGCACCACUGUGUUCGAAGAUUGCACGCCAGCGUUGCUUCGGGACUUCUACAUGGACAGCAGAUUCCGCUUGGAGUGGGAUGACAUGCUCGUCUCUUUCAAGCGGCUAGGGCUGUGUGAGGAAAUGGGUGCGGAGAUUGGUCACUUUGUGAAGAAAUUCCCCCUCUUCUGUAGCCCUCGUGACUAUGUCAUCAUGUGGCGGCUGUGGAAUGCACCGAAUGAGGUUUUCUAUUAUAUCAGCAAGUCAUGUGACCAUGCAGCAGCCCCAAAGCAAAGGAAACCUGUGAGAGUGAUCAAUUAUGAGUCAGCAUGGAGGAUUAAGGGAGUCCAUUCUCGCACGGGAUGCAGUCCUGCAAGUGAAAUUGUCGUCUUGCACCGUGAAGACAUGGGUUUACAGAGAAGUAUGGCGAAGAUGGGUGCUCGCAAAGGCACAUGGACAUAUGUGAAGAGAAUGGACGCAGCUUUGCGACUCUAUGCUCAGCGAGAACAGCUCAGCAUGACUGCUGAGCGGAGUGCUGUGACCCUGGCACAUGCUGUCCCACAACGACUCUUGGAGGCCCUUUCAGGACAAUCAUCGGAGCAUUCACCAAGGGUGGUAUCGCAAACCCUUGUGUUGGGGUCAGCGGACAACUCUGCAGCGAGCGCACAAGAUCCAUCUGCGAGUGCAACGAACUCCAAUUUAUUGAGCAGGUUGCCGAGAUUGCCAUCACUGAGACUGCGAAGGCGUCCCACGACUAUGAAUAGGCAACAAUCAGCUGCAAGACCAGAGAGCAGCACUCAGGAAAGGCAGAAGAGGCGAAAACGUGUUGUGCUUCUCCUGGCUGCUGCAGGUGUUGUUCUGGCAAAUGGAGCGGUCCCGGGGCUUGGCACGAAGAUAGCUGCCACGUGUUUGCUACAGAGCGCACAUCUCAAGUUGACACGGAAAUGGAGGGGGGCUCCAAUGCCUCACGAUGUCCUCGCUAAUGCCGAAGAUCCGUUGUGAAAGGCGCUAGAGCAUCACGAGUCUACUCGCAACGCUGCCACUUGUUUGCUUCAGAGCGCACAUCUCAAGUCGACGGGGCAAUGGAGGGGGUGUCCUAUGCCUCAUGAUGUCCACGCUAAUGCCAAAGAUCCAUUGUGAAAGGUGCCAGAGAGCAUCAUGAGUCUAUACCUGCAACGUUGAAUCACUCCUCUGCCUCCACUUGUUUGCUUCAGAGCGCACAUCUCAAGUUGAUGCGGAAAUGGAGGGGGGGGGUCCAAUGCUUCACGAUAUCCUUGCGAAGUCUGAAGAUCCGUUGUGAAAGGCACUAGAGCAUCACAAGUCUACUCGCAACGCUGCCACCGCUUGCUUAAGAGCGCACAUCUCAAGUUGACGCGGAAAUGGAGGGGGUGUCCAAUGCCUGGUGAUGUCCUCGCUAACGCCGAAGAUCCGUUGUGAAUGGCGCCAGAGCAUCAGGAGUCUACUCGCAACGCUGCCACUUGUUUGCUUCGGAGUGCACAUAUCGAGUUGAUGCGGAAAUGGAAGGGGGGUCCAAUGCCUCGUGAUGUCCUCGCUAAUGCCAAAGAUCCAUUGUGAAAGGUUCGCCAUAGCAUCACAAGUCUACUCGCAACGCUGCCACUUGUUUGCUUCAGAGUGCACAUCUCAAGUUGACGCGGAAAUGGAGGGGGAUGUCCAAUGCCUCGUGAUCUCCUCGCUAACGCCGAAGAUCCUUUUGUGUGCAUGGCGCCAGAGCAUCACGAGUCUACUCGCAACGUUGAAUCACUCCUCUGCCUUCGACUUGUUUGCUUCAGAGCGCACAUCUCAAGUUGACGUCGAAAUGGAGCGAAGGUCCAAUGCCUUAUGAUCACCUCUCUAACGCCGACGAUCCGUUGUGUGAAUGGCACCAGAGCAUCACGAGUCUACUCGGGACGUUGAAUCACUGCUCUGCCUCCCUCUUCUGCAGGCAAAUGGUGAGGGGUCAUCAUUCGUUAACACGGUUUCUCUGUAAACUGGGGAAGCUUAACCAGAGGUUAAAAUUUAUCCAUGAGUUUCCCCGACAGUGAUGUAAAAGGCGAAACCCCCAGGGAAGGAAGAAAGAAACAUGUGUGUGCACAUCACUGGGCAUGGUGACUCCUUGAUCUCAAUGUUCAAGACAAAGAAGAUAUGUUGUGGAGUGCUCUUUGAUUUCAUCACUCGGCAUGGUUUGCACUAUGCAGGGACACUGUUAAACGGAGCAGCAUGGGCACAGGUCAGUAGAUGCAUAGUAGUGGACAGGUGGUGGAUGUCUAGUUUGUCUUGUUGAAUGCAUCUGUGUGAUUGGUGCUAUGCAACCAAUGAGGUAACGAGGGAGAUGGUGUAUGGAUGCUAUGCAACCAAUGAGGUGACGAGGGAGAUGGUGUAUGGAUACGUUGUCGGUUGGCAGGAAAGGGCCUUGUGAGUGCUGCAGAUUUGAUCUUUGAUCACCGUUCCUGUUCAUCUCUCUGCAGGCCACCAUUUUCUUUCCUUCAGGCAUCCUUUUCCACACUAUGCCAACUUUCAUUUGAUUUUCUUUGAUUCAUAUUAUUUUCGUUGAGAACGCUCCAUUUUACGGUCGGUCAUCUUGACCACUGAUUGCAUUGAGUUCUCCACUGUGUGUGUGUGUGUGUCGAGUACUUGCGCACACACAUACGUGUGUGUGUGCAUGUGUGUGAGAGAGAGAGAGAUGUGUGUGUGUGUGUGUGUGUGAGAGAGAGAGGUGUGUGUGUGUGUGUGUAUGUGUGUGUGUGUGUGUGUGUGUGUGUGUGAGAGAGAGAGAGAGAGAGAGAGAGAGAGAGAGAGAGUGUUUGUCUUGAGCAGUGAACCUCAAGGAUCACUGGCCUUUAUCUGUGGCCUUUUGAAAACCAACCUCACGUUUUUUUUUUUUUUUUCCUUCCAUUUUAUGUCAUGUUUUGCAUGUCAGGUCCAAAUGACGAGGUACAACAACAGUGGUUACGGGCCCUUUAAAACA